UUGAGAAGGGUCUCCUCAUUGAGUGAGUCAUGCUUUUGCUGGGAGAGAGUUGGCAGCUCCAAGCAGCUGGAAUUGCUAUCAGAGGAAACUAUUACUUUUCCAAAUCAAACGUGGAAUCAUAAACAGUCUCCUUCUGGGUCGAGGCUGUACUGCUGUUGUUGGUUUUAAUGGUGGGAGGGUGCGAUUUUCCUGUGCCUCUUUCCUUCUUAAAAAAACUGUAUCGGGGGCACCCACUUUUCGUCCUUGCUCCGUAGACGGUGGCUCGCCUGCUAUGCGAGGCAGCCUGCUUCGGGGCUGGCACCAGCAGCGCCCGGGCGAAUGCAGGCGAGCAGAUAGAAGGGCAUGCUUCAACGUACCAAGUAUAACCGCUUCAGGAAUGAUUCGGUGACAUCAGUCGAUGAACUUAUCCACAACCUGUCCAUGAGCGGCGGCGGCGGCGGCGGCGGCGGCAAGGUCUCAGCAGCGCCCGCGACCUCCGCGGCGUCCCCCUACCUGGUCUCCAGCGAGGCGCUGCGCAAAGCGCCGGACGAUGGGCCCAGCAGCCUGGGCCACCUGCUCCACAAGGUGUCCCACCUGAAACUCUCCAGCUCGGGUCUCCGCAGCCUGUCGUCCGCCGCGAGGGAGCGGGCGGGCGCCAAGCUCACCGGCAGCUGCAGCGCGCCCAGCCUGGCCGCCAGCGCCCCGGGUCCGGGCAGCGCUUCGCGGGCCCCGGGAGCGAUGAGCGGCGCCAGGAAGGGCCGGCCCGACGACGAGCCGCUGCCCAGGCCCCCCAGGGGGUGGCUGCACGCCAGCGACCAGGUCCUGGGGCCCGGAGUGACGUACGUCGUCAAGUACUUGGGAUGCAUUGAAGUUCUGCGCUCGAUGAGGUCUCUUGACUUCAGUACAAGAACACAGAUCACCAGGGAAGCCAUCAGCCGUGUUUGUGAAGCUGUACCUGGUGCCAAAGGAGCCUUUAAGAAGAGAAAGCCUCCGAGCAAAAUGUUGUCCAGCAUCUUGGGAAAGAGCAACCUCCAGUUUGCCGGGAUGAGCAUCUCUCUCACCAUCUCCACCGCCAGCCUGAACCUGCGGACGUCCGACUCUAAACAGAUUAUAGCAAACCACCAUAUGCAGUCCAUCUCCUUUGCCUCGGGGGGAGACCCGGACACAACAGAUUAUGUCGCAUAUGUAGCUAAGGAUCCUGUUAAUCGCAGAGCUUGUCACAUCCUGGAAUGCUGUGACGGGCUGGCCCAAGAUGUCAUCAGCUCCAUCGGACAGGCCUUUGAGCUUCGGUUUAAGCAAUAUCUGCAGUGUCCUUCCAAGAUACCUGCUCUUCAGGAUCGAAUGCAGAGCUUGGAUGAACCAUGGACCGAGGAAGAGGGGGAUGGUUCAGAGCAUCCAUACUACAACAGCAUUCCCAAUAAGAUUCCUCCUCCAGGAGGGUUUCUUGAUACUCGACUGAAAACCAGACCUUAUGCUCCUGACACAGCCCAGUUUGCAGGAAAAGAGCAAACUUAUUACCAGGGAAGACACUUGGGAGACAAGUUCGGUGAAGACUGGCAACAAGCACCUGUCAGGCAAGGGUCUUUGGACGUCUACAGCAUGCCAGAAGGAAAACCGCAUGUGAUGCUGGCGGGAGAAGCUCCCAUGUACAUCAACACCCAACACAUUCCGUCGCCGGUUGGGCCAACUCUGACGGGGACUGUGCUGAGCUCCGGAGCCUCAGUCAGCAGUGGAGAGAGCAGUCCACGGAAAGACUUGUUUGACAUGAAACCUUUUGAGGAUGCUCUCAAGAACCAGCCCUUGGGGUGUAUGUUGAGUAAGGCGGCCUCUGUGGAAUGCAUCAGCCCGGUAUCGCCCAGAGCCCCGGAUGCCAAGACGCUAGAAGAGCUAAAGGGGGAGCCUUGGUACCUCGGCGAGAUGAGCAGGAAGGAAGCAGAGGGGCUGCUGAAGAAAGACGGGGACUUCCUGGUCAGAAAGAGCACCACCAACCCCGGCUCCUUCGUCCUCACGGGCAUGCAGAACAGCCAAGCCAAACACUUGCUACUCGUGGAUCCUGAGGGCACGAUCCGCACCAAAGACAGGGUCUUUGACAGCAUAAGCCACCUCAUCAACCACCACUUGGAGAACAACCUGCCCAUCGUCUCCGCCGGGAGUGAACUCUGCCUCCAGCAGCCAGUGGAAAGGAAAGAGUGACCCGUCUCUGGGCACAGCGUCGCCCACUCUGAACUCGGUGCCCUCGUCGCUGGGCCUGGCCAUCAGGAACCCACACAUUUUCUUCCCGGUAGAUGGGAUUGGGGCCACGGAAGCCAGGACAGCCCACGUAGGCUCAGGGUCUGUUUCACAAACCCCAAACAGAAGGCUUCCUUACAGUUCAAGUUUAAUAAACUUGGUCCAAUUUCUCAUAUGCAUAGUAAACGUGUACAUAGCUAUACAUCCUAUACAAAUGAUCCCUCUAUAUUUAUAUUUUUUAAGACCCAGAAAGAUAUAAGACUAAUGUUCUGUGCUGUAUGUUUUUAAUGAAAACAAAAAAAAAAGUUUGACUUGUGUUUGUCCAGGCAGAAAUUUAAUUCAAGUGACCCAUUCCACUGGGAAAUCCCGUCAGGAGGGUGUGAAUUUGUAGUUUUACUUUAUAAGCACAAUAAAAGUGGAAUAGAUGGCAAUUAGUCAACACAGAAUCAAGGUAGAAUAAGUCAAGAUGCUACCCCAAAGAAAUCUAGCUCUGCACUUAAAUGCAGAUUCUGAAAGCAUUACUUGCUUUCUGAUUGAGAGUUCCGAUCUUGAAGAUAUUGGAGCCCUCUCUCCACCGUGUUCUCUGCAGUGCACGCUGUGUGUGCUGAGUCCUAACCCUGGAUAGCUCACUGCAGCUCAAGUAAACAGCAGGCAACACUUUGUGACUCGUGCUAAGGACCGCAUGUUGGGCCCGGUUGUCCAGGGGUUCUUGGGGGUACUCUUUUUACUUCCAAAUCUGGCACGCAAAAUAAGUUUCACUAAUGAAGGCGUUGAUUGGCAAAUGCUUCCCUUGUUCUUAUAUAUGUAAUGGAGAAGUAGUCAGGGGCAAAUUCUUGGUUUACUUCUCCUUGCCAAUGAGUUACUGACAAGCUGCAUGCAGUAGCCGCUGGUAAAAUUGCUUUUUUCCCUCUUAUAUUCAACGGGGGGAAAAGGCAUGUGUAAGAGCUGUGCCAGUGAGAAAUACCAGAAUGUUUUCUCAGUGUUCAGCCCUGGAGAUACAUGCAAUAGGCCUGGGGCUACAUUUGCCUGAAGCUUGGUGCCAGAUCAGGAUAUCUUGGAAUUGAUUUGAGGUUCUGCUGCUGGAAUGAUGGAUGGGUGAAAAUGUCUUGUCUCUAUAACAGAGUUUGCCAGUCACUCCAUGGAAAACAUGUGUACCCCUGCGCCGUGCUUUGUCUCGAAUCCCUUUGAGAGAAGACUCUGUGGUUUUCUGCCUGGUGACUUGGCAUCAGAAAGUUGACAGUGUUUAAACUUUUUCUAAAAAUCUAGGUUGAGAUGACCACAUGGUUAAAAAGAUAUCUUUUAAAUGACAGAUAAAUCCAUGCUUUCUUUGGCAGCCACUCGGCUGUGCUAAGCAUUUGUUCUCUUCCCAGUGAAAUUUUGUUGCCUCGGGCACCCCACUUAAAACAUGGAACAGAAAGAUGCUUUCUACCCGCGUAAAGUUGGCUAGUAAUAUUUUGAUGCUUUAAGAGCGGGGAGUUAGAGUGACAUUUGAAAGGAUCUGGUAGUAACAACUCUGCAAAGUUCUAAGAUUGUUGCAACUGCAUGUCUGCUUUUGGUGACAGUGUGUGGCCAGAGAGAUAAGAUGGUCAGAAUGCAGAGAUGGGGCAGAAUUAACGAAUGGGGUGCUAGUCCAAGGCUUUGCACGCAGGCUUCUGUGGAGUUUUUGCCCUUUGAGGGUCCAGGGACUCCAAGAUGGUGGUAGAGCGUUUCCUCCAGAAGGUUCUGCAGUGCCCCCGAGCUCUGUGGGAGUCCUGGCACUAACCUCGCCCUCCAUGCCCUUUCCGGGGGUGGUUCCAGUUUCAGGCCCAGCGCUGCUACCCUGCUCCAAGGUAUUCGGAAAUGCUGGGCAGCAGCUGUUGCAGGCAUGACCACCGGAGACUUUGGAGUUUUCUUCGGAGCCUGCCUCUGAUCCUUUGGAGAACCAUCACCUCAUGUUUAAACAUGUAGGAUGGCUUUACCUCCAAGGGGGCAUACGCUCCUUCUAUAAGGGCGAGUCCUCUAUAUUGACAUGCACAAAAGGACUUUUCUUUUGACAUUUGUGUACUCUCCACUUUGCCAGGCCAAAGAGGCUAAUGCAUAGGAGGGAAUAGCAAACUAGCAAAUUAAAGUUAAGAACCACAAACACCUUAAAAUUCGGUCUUCUCUCUUUUUCUCUUGGGGGUCUAAAGAACCGGUAAUUACACUUGUACUAACACUCUGCUCCAAAGUCAGUGUUUAUCUUGGUGGUGAUAAGCAAUAUAAAUAAUACUUUUUGCAUGAGAAUCAAUUUAGAAAAUUUGAAGUAUUGGGGGGAGUGUCAAAGUUUUUCUUUUCAAUAUGAAUUCAAACUAUGUAUUUUUAAACUCAGAUUACAGGAUUACUUACAAGGGAAGUGUGCCAAUGAAAAACUGGCACUCCUUUUUAGCCACGAAAGCUGAUUUGAAAUGUAGCAGAUGGCAGCGAUUAUCUAAUCUUCCAUUUGCAAGGCAUGUUGUAGCUCAUGCAAGUUUCCUCAUAUCUCCUUCCAAGCGCCUGUGUGAUGGGGAAGUCCUGUGGUCCUCACUUCACAGAGGGGGAAACUGAGGCUCGGGUUGGUGCCACAAGUUGCGGGCAGCCACCGGGUCAGCUCGCAACACAACUGGGUUGGGCUCUUCCAAUGCCUCUGCAUUUCUGGAGCUCCUGCUGUGUCCCCCUAUGCUUGCAGCUCAGGAUUUGGCGAUAGGUGCCAUGAGAUGUCUUUCCUGCCCCGCCUGGGUGCCCCUUCACCAUGGUUGUCUGGGACUCCGCGUCUGCCUGGGUGGGAGCAGAGCUGCCGAGCAGGGAAGGCAGAGCAGCCCCCAUGCCCAUGACUUCCAGGGGUCCCGUGGCCACAUGCGUGCUGGGCUGCCCUGAGCUAGCGGGCUCUGCCCCCAGGAGGCCCUUCCACCAUGCAACCCAGACCUCCACGUCUGCAGAGGGUAUGAGUGGCGGCAGCCAGCAAUCCCAGAUGGUCCCUCUCUUCCCACACCUACCAUGUUUGUGUUUAAAAUUAUGUCUUCAUCCUGCCAAGCUCCUUGGGCCUCCGCUGGGGUUGCUCUUUCCUGGUUUAAAUGAGCUGUGAUCCCUUGACUUUCAAGGCUGCCGCUGAGAGGCCCAGGUGGAGUCAGAUGGGCAGUCUGAUAAAACUACUACUGUUCAGACAACUCUCAAAACCAACACUUAAGCUAGUUCCAACCCCCCUCCCUUUUGUUUUUUUUGUACUUGAGGGGCCAGAUGACUAGGUGUCUGCUCAGCUUUUUGACCAGUAAUUCAUUUGAGCAACUAUUUUGUUUAAGACCUUUUUAGCUGUUAGAGUAAAUAGACAAAGGCCCAUGUUUGCACAGAAUCCUUGGAGGUCUCUCAUGGAGGAGGGGAGGUUUUGUGGCAGAUUUCGAAUGAAGGAAGAAAGUGAAAAAGUAAAGGACUAGUUUAAGAAGGACAGGCCGAGGGGAGGACAAGGGGCCUGAGCAGCACUUUUACAUGGCACCCCCUCACCCCCCACCCAAAGGGCCAAGUGUGCAGAGCUGCCGUCAACAUCUGUGCACCAAUUCUGCCCCAUCCUGGGGUCCUAAAGACAUGGUCCUCUGACCCUGGGAAGGGGGGAGCCCCCUUUCCAGUGGCAUUGGAAGCUUGGCUGGGCUCUUUAUAGAAGCAAUGCUUUAAAACUAAGGUCCUGGCCCUUAUUUCCCCUGCAGCUGUCACCAUGUGUAUGAAAGUCGGCCAUGCACUGAUCUCCUGGCGGGGUUUGGAGGCAGAGGCCUCAGAUUUACAGGGCACCCACGGGCAGUUCAGAUGGGAAGGUGGGCAUCUUGGCUCAGCCUCAGCUCCAGCACAUGCAGAGGGACCUUGAGCAAGUUGCAGGCUGUCUCUGAGCCUUGGUUUGCUGCCCACACAGCCCGGCUGUACAACAGUCCCCAAUGCGAGAGGGUGUUGGGUGGGUUGAGUGAUUACGUGUAAAGUGAGAAGAAUCUAUGAAUCAGUAAGGCACACAGGGGUUCUCUCUCACUGGCUGAAUGAUUGGUUUGUAUUCCAAACAUGUACCUUUCAGUACAUAAAUGGGUUGUUGAUAGCCCUCCUGGAAAUGAAAAAAGGGGAUUGUGGAAAGAUUGCAAGUAUGUCAUUGCAGGACUCAGUCAAAGCUUUGAAUUGGGUUUCAGAAUAAUAAUCUGGUCCUGUAAUGAAGCUUUUAAAAAUUGGAAAAAAAAUAUACUACUGGAACAUGUUGCAAACCUAGCACUGUCACUGCUACACACAGGAUAAAAAGGAAAGGAGCUUCAUGGAAUAAUCCAGUUGGAGGGGUCCCCAGUUUUCAGAUCAGGAAACUGAAGCCAAGCGUCUUGCUGGCUGGAGGGCUGCGAUGGUCAUUGACUGAGUCUAACAGAGAGUGCAGGACUUACUAAGGUCCUUUGAGACUGACACAUGAAGCUCCGUCCCUAUGGUAAAAGGCAAAUAGUCCCUCCCUCCUUGGUUUAUGCUCCAUCUGAAAAUGCAUAAAACCGUGAGUCAUUCAGAUGAAGAGGAAGUGUCUCUAGUUCCUCUGUCUUAGUUUAGGUUCCUUCAGAAGCAGAGCCUGAGACAAGACUUUGAGAGUACAUCCUUUAUUUGGGUGAUGAUCUCAGGAGUAGGGAAAGGAAGGAAGCUGAUAAAGACAGCAUUAUCAUCAUGGGCGUGGACAACUGAAACUUAAUCCCACUGGGGAACUCCGGGAGGCAGUGCUGAACACACCUCAAGGUGAAACCAACAGAGGGUGAGAGAGCUUGGGUUUUUCAUUCAAGCCCACCAUGGAUUGAAGGCUGCUUCCAGGGACUGUAGCACCCUGGAAUUCUGGCUUGCCCUAUGCACACCCAGACACACUUUCCGAGUUGGGGAAGCCCUCAAGCAAAGACACGAAGGUUGUCUAUAAUAAAUGAACUUAGAGCAGAAGGUAUGCAUCAGAACCAUCUGACUGGAUUGUUUAAACACAGUUCUCCAGGGACCCACUUUAGUUCUCCUGAGUCACAACAGCUGGGGGUGGGACCUGAUGAUUUUUAUUUCAAAUAAAUUGUGAGGUGAUGCUUGUGCUGCUGGCUGGGAGUCCACACUUGGAGAACCACUGACAUAUGUGAGUUGCCAGCCCUUACCUGUCUCUUAUUGAUGGCUGUGCCCCCUCUCAUUUAUGAUGUUUUCAUCACACUUCAUGUCAUAUAUCCCAGGGGCCAUGCUGUGAACUUAAAAGUGGAAGAUUAAUAAGCAUUUAUAACUCUAUGCGACCAUUGCUGGCAGAUAAAAUGCCAUCUGCCAGCUGCAAUUUAUUUAUAAUGGGGUUUAUACAUAUUUAUAAGUUUGCAAGCAACAAAUGCACAGUUUUAAAACUGGUACAUUUUAUAGCCACCAGAAAAAUUUCAACUUUAUACUGGGACUUGUGAAUGUCAAUUGCAUGUGUCUGUGUGUGUGUACGCACACAUACAUAUACAUAUUUAUUAAAAUGGACAUGCAUCACUUUAUCUAUAUGUAUACAUAUGUAGAUUGCCAGGGUGUGUGCAUCUUGGGACUUCUCAUUGGAAUUUUUUUUUUUUUUUUUAAAUUAACAAGGACAACUGGAAAGUGGAACAUGGAUCUCAAGAGUUUGGAGAGCAAGCAAGUCCUGGCAUCUGCAGAUAUGACAGGACCUGGGAGAUGAGAUACAGGAGCCCAUAGUGGGAAAUUAUAGAGGGACAAGAGGGAAGAGAAGCACAGGGUAAAGACAAAGGGAAGGAGAGGGCAAGAGGAUGGAGGUAGGAGAAAAGGUAAAAAGAAGGGAAAGGGGCACAAAACAAGUCCAGAUGCAAUCUUUUAUUUAUCCAGCAGCACGUUGCUAGCGUGACACCUGUCUCAUUUAUCAAAUGAAGAGCACACCUUGUCCCCAGGCAGACUGGAAAGAAGAGAAAAGGGAAAACAUGGUGGAUGGAGGUUGUCCCCAGGACAUUGUGCUUUGGGGAAAGUGCUGUCUCCCCUCUCUCUACCUGCUCCCAGACGUUGCAACCGUGCUUCCUCUUGAACCUCACUUGUGCAUGAGUUCAUUCACUCAACAGGUAUUUACUGAGCAACCAACAGGUAGCUGGAAUGGAGCUGGGUGUAUGGGACAGAGAAGCGAGCCCACACGGUUUCUGCCUCCCCAAGUUUAUACUCUAGCAGGAAAUAAAAACGUACACAAGGGUGUUGGAGUGCGUUCAUUGUUUCAAUGGGGUGUGUCCAUUCCAAGAACCAUGGAGAACAAAGCUCCCAAUUUGGCAUGGGAAGUCAGUGAAGGCUUUGCAAAGUAGGUGGCAAAUGUUGAGUGUUAGAAGAGGUAGAUGGAGGAGCUCACGGACACUACUGUGAACGCAGUAUUAGUAGGAGAUGGAAGCUAGAGGGAGAAGAGGCUGCAUCCUGCACUACUUCUUUCCUCCCUCUUACUUUCACAGAUGCUCGAAUUGAGUCCUGUGGCCCCAGAUGCACAGGGCUCCUUACCAUGGGCUGUCAGAACCAAACUUGUUGAAGAAAGCACCUGACGCAAAAUCUCAUACAACUUUGUUUCCAUUUUGUUGUUUCACCUUGAAAUGCUGUAGGUAGAAAAAUAUGCAUGUGGGAAGUAAACGCUGUGGUCCUUAGCUUUUGAAGUAACUUGUUCACGCUCAUCUAGGAAGUUAUUUUUAUUAUUUUUUUCCACAUCCACAGUUUUUAACCAUCAAGCUCGAGCAGCCAAUAACAAAACAGAAAGGAAUGGGCAAAUCCACCUUUGAACAUUGAAUUACCUUUUUUAGUAACCACUAUGUGUUGGUUGCAAGUAAAAUGUUCUCUGUUCACUUGACUUUUGAGUAUAAUUUGUUUCAGAACAAAUAUUGUACAAUUAAAAUGAAUGUUUCUUUGUAUUCAGAAUUAAACAUUUGGUGUUUAAAUCCAAGGAUUAGCAGACGACUCCAUGUAAAUUUAAUGUGUAAUAAUAAGAUAUUUAUUAUUUUUUAAAGAGCAUUUGGAUGGUAAAUUAUGCAUAUUGAUAAAUGAUUAUUAUUUGAAAAUAUUGUAGAGUUUUUCCCGUUAAUUUUUGUGAAACAAAAAAGAAUUAUUGUAAAGGUCUCUAAGUCUUGGCUUGUCACCGUUUCACCACUUUCUACUUUGAUAUUGGAACAGAUCUGGCUUUUUGGACAUCCUGAGGAGCGGAAAAACAAAAUGGAUUUUAAGUUUUCUAAUCUGUGUUCUAUAAAAAAUGAUUAAAAUCUAAGUUCUUUGGCCGUUUUAGAGAUCUGACAAUACAACCGGCUAGGAGAAUUGGCUUAAGUUCCCUCCUCAUCUUUAAGGAAUCCAUUUGCCUCCUUCAGGAAAGGAUGUGGUUUCCAAUUUUGAUCCCGAUCCCUUCAAGGAUAGUCAAGUGGCGGGAUCUGCAUAGCAUUCCCAGGUGUCUCCACUGCAUUCCAGGAGUGGAAGAUGACACACCUUUAGUAAUGCUGCACUUCUCCUUAUAAUUGGUUAUUGGAAAAUGUGCCUUUAUUAUUGGAAUAAUGGUGUGUGCAUUUCUGAUUAUGUAGCAAACCUUUGGAUAUUUGACUUAGAUACUAAAAACAUUUGGGUGUUGAGGUUUUGCACUUGUAGAUACAACUUAAAAGCAUGGAAUUGAUAAUUUAAUUAUAAGUUUUCUAUGAAGUACACCUUGUUACAUUUCCAUGAAAGGCAUAAUGACCAUGGCUCAAAGGGUUGAGAGAAACAAUUGUUUUCUAAAGUGUUUAAUUGUGUAAUUGACUGUAGCUGUAAGUCUGUUGGCAAUAAAGAAUAUUGUGUA